AUCGCGCGGGUCGUCGUCUUCGUUCGCGGCGCGCGCGAAAAGGGUUUGUCGUCGGCUUUGAUUUUUAUUUUUUUGGCGCGAGCCGACCAUCUGCCAUCUGCGGCGGCCACCGCCGGCCACCGUCCGCGCCGCGGCUCAAGGUCGUCGUCGUCGCCGCCGCCGCCACGUCAUUUACGUAUUUUCGCCUCCUCCGCAUCGGCGCCCACACGACUUUUUCCCACCACGACCGGCCGGCGGCGGAUGACUGCCGUGGCCGUACCGUUGCGGCGGUGUCACGUUUCCGAGACUCGCGCGUUUACAUCGUUACAGCAGCUCGACGAGGGACCGUCGCCAAACGCGCGAUCAGUGUGAAACGAUCUGCACCGCUUCGACUUGAUAAUAUCGUCGCCGGUUCCGUAGUCGGCUAUUAUGCGUUGUGGUCGCGAUGGAACAAGUGGUCGCGCUCGUUUACAACAACGGCUCAUCGGAGGAACUGCAACAGCCGCCGAGUCCCGUGGUUCCGCAGCCGCCGCCGCCGCAGCAGCCGCCCAGGACGGCGGAAGAAGAAGACGGCGAGGAUCGCAGCAGCGCCGCGUUCUUCUGUAACACCGAGUACAGUUUUAUCCAUUACAACUAUCAAACAAAUAGUUAUGUGCAAUACGACGUCAAACCACAAAAUGAUAUUACAUCACAAGAAGGAUUUCAGGAUGAUUUAUCUCAAAGUUCAUUCAGCAACGACACUCCACCGGACCAGUCCGAUACCAAAAGACAUUAUUGCGAAUUCACUGGGUGCAAAAGAACGUACAGCACCGUGGGAAAUCUCCGUACACAUAUGAAGACACAUAAAGGUGAAUACCGGUUCAAGUGUAACAUAAUUGACUGCGGUAAACCGUUUUUGACGUCAUACAGUUUGAAAAUUCAUGAACGUGUGCAUACGAAACAAAAACCAUUUGUUUGUACUAAGGAGGAAUGUCAAAAAGCUUUCAACACCGUUUACAGGCUACGAGCUCACCAACGCUUGCACACUGGUGAUACUUUCGACUGUAUUCAAGCAGGCUGUGGCAAGUGUUUUACGACUUUCAGUGAUCUAAAAAAGCAUUACAGAACGCACACGCAAGAACGACCAUACAAAUGCGCAGAAGAAGGUUGUGGUCGAGCGUUUACGGCCAGCCAUCAUCUAAAAACGCACAAGCGGACGCAUUCGGCUGACAAAUUGUACACGUGCGACCGACCGAAUUGCAACAAGUCGUUUCCUGGAAAGGCUAGUCUUAAGACGCACCAGCGGAGUCAUGAUGUUUGGGACGAAUCGGAGACUCUGUCAGAUUUUGCCGACGACUUGUUACAGCAUUUCGACAGUGAAACCAACAGCACGACAUCGGAAUUCUUAAAAUACCAAAGUCAACUAGUCAUACCGCUGUCGAAGGCCAACAUCGAAGCCCUAAAACGAUGCGAAACGGCCGAGGUGGAGGUGGACGCAUACCUUUCGGGCAUCGCGAUACGGACGUUCACGGGGGCGGGCCAGGAUUCGAGCACGGCCACUGUGCAAAAGAUGAUCCUGGCCGAGCCGGACGACGGGAUGCCGGUAAAGCUGUCGGUGGAGUGCAACGUGGACGUGCAAAAGGUCGGCCAGGACGCCAACGGUACGAUCAGCCUGUGCGUGAUGGACAACGGCGAGUUGAUGUCCAGCCUGCUGAUGAUGCCGGUGAUCAACGGCGCCAGCUACGAGACGGUGACGGAGGACGACUCGAGCCAGCCGCCGGCCAUGUCCAUAGCCACGGAGAAAGUGCAGGAACUGCAGUUCGUCGACGAGCCCGUCCGGCAGACGGUGACGGCCGUCGAACAGUCGGACGCCGAACCGCGGGCGGGCGCUGCCGUCGAGCUCAUACCGUUCGACGACAUCCUCGUGUCCAAGCCGGACACGGAUUUCGCGGUGUGCGAACCGCACCACGGGGUGGCCACCGACGAACCGCUGCACGUGGCCGAAGAGUUCAGCGUCGAGGAGCUCAUACUCAGCCUGGCCGACAACGCGGAUCAGUGUCUCGACAGUUCGGUCGCCUCGCUCAUGGUAAGUCCGCAGCUGGAAGUGUUCGAGCCCACGUUUCCGGUGCCGGCGCCCGCGCUUCCGCAACAACAGGCGCUCGAGUCCGCUUUUCCGCCGGCCGGAAAUUGCAGCAGUCCCGCCGCAGCUCCCAUCGCCACGGCAGCCGCGGCGUCCUGUUCGCUGACCGUGGCCUGCAACACCCGCAAACAGCUCAGGAAGGUGCUGGAACACAGACGGCCCGCGAGCAUAUCGCACUAAAGUCCGACGCGAUGCAUCGCACGCACUUUAUAAUGCAGUCGAGUCGCAUAAAAUAUAAUAUGUAUAUUAUAUACGAUCGUUAAACAGCAUACAACGAAUAAAAUAUACUGAGCUAGUAUUAUUAGAACACAAUUAUCGGCGAACCGUUAAACUUUAGCGACCUAUAUUAAAAUUGACAAACGUUUUAUGCGAUUCGGCGCACACGUGUGUUAGGUACCUAUAUUAAAAGUUAAACAGCUAUUAUAUUAUUUAAAACCUCGUAAUGACCGCUAGGAAACGUACCGGUAAUUUUUUACAACGAAUUUAAUACAUUUUAUUGUAUGACGUAUAUUUUUACUACUAAAUUAAUUUUAUGUUUUUUUACUCGCUUAUUAUGUUUUUCAUAGUAUUGGUUAGAAAAAAAAAAUCAUACUCAAAUUUUAUGUCUUUGGGACGUCCGUUAGGUUAGGUUAUUGAAAUGAGGAACAUUUAGCCUAUUACAUUACAUAGGUACUCACUACGAAUAUGUAUUUAAUCUAUCCAUAGCAUUUAUGAUUUAACUUUUACAUAUUACAUUCAUCUCUUAACCCAUUCAAUUUCUGUAUUUUAACAUGUAACAAGCUGUGAUUCAAUAACGAUUAUAUAGUACCUAUAAUUUUACUAGAUAUAUUCGUUAUGAUUUUACACAUUUUUAGAUAUAGUAUAUAGAUGACUUUGUAUUAUUUAUACCUAUUCAACUACAUAUUAUACGCUGUAUACCCUACAUCGUACUAAUAUCUAUAUUAUAGAUUCUAUAAGAAAGAUUUUAGAGGUAGGUAGUCUAGGAAAAGUACUAUACAUAUUAUAGGAUAGGACUGAUUGUUUGAUAUGUUUUUCACUCUAACACUCAAUGAAAUUAAUGAUUUACUUACUACUGCAUUUAUAUUCUAGUUUUAUUUAUACAUCAUCUCUUUAGUAUAUUAUAUUAUAUCUUAUUUAUCAUAGUUAGUAACGAAAAUAUAAUACUUAAAAGAUACGGUUCUGGGACACUAUAUUGAAAUGACAUAAUACUAUAUUAUAACUCUAACAAGAUUUUAAUACUUAUAUAUAUAUACUAUAUUAUAUCUGUGUAUAAUUUAUUUUGUGUCGAGAAAAAUUAUUUUGUACUGUCACCUUUGUAUGACUAACCAUGUAAUGACUUUUUGACGUUUAAUAUAUAAACUAAAUGUGGUAUGAGUUAUCAAAAUCGGGACCGAGCUUACUAUAUAUUAUUUAUAACCUCGAGUAGGCUUAUUCUACUACGGUGCCAAAUUAUUUUUACCGGAAUUUAACUCACACAAAACGAAAGUGAUACUCUAGUUUUGAACUCCUUACUUUUUUAUUUUAAUUAUUGUUUAAAGUAAAAGUUUGUUAUUUUUGUGUAUUCAUAAAUGUAUUUUUUUGUAGUCAUACAAAAUAAUGUUGUAAUUUUGUAUUACUGAUAUUUAAUAGGUGUAGUCUACGUAUUUUAUUGUAGACGGAUAAAACCUCGCUCAUUUAAUUCUUGUUUUUGUUUAUACUUCAUUUCAACUUGUAUAUUUGUUGUUUCGAAAUAAACAAUAUUGACUUACAUUGAAAAAAA